AUGCCAUUGAAUAUAACUGUUUUAAUAUCUGGAUCAGGUACAAACUUACAGGCAUUGAUAGAUGCUCAAAAUGAGGGCGAGUUACCAAACGGUAAAAUCACCCAAGUCAUAUCUUCUUCAAGCACCGCUUAUGGAUUAACAAGAGCCGAAAAGAAUAAGAUCCCAACCAAAGUACAUGCUUUGAAAGAUUACUACAAAGGUAUCGCCAAAGAACAAACAGAUGAAAGAAAGGCGAAAAGAGAGCAAUUCAAUGUCGAUUUAGCCAACCUCUUAAUAUAUGGAUCUGUUGAUAAAUCUGAAGAUGAAGAAUACACCAAACCUGAUUUAAUCGUGUGUGCUGGAUGGAUGUUGAUUUUAGCCCCAUCAGUAUUGAAACCAUUGGAAGAAGCAGGAAUCACAAUCAUAAAUUUGCACCCGGCAUUACCUGGAGCUUUUGAUGGUACGCAUGCUAUUGAUCGUUGUUGGAAAGCGGGCCAGGAUGGAGAAAUUACCGAGGGAGGGGUAAUGAUCCACAAGGUUAUUGCCGAGGUCGAUCGUGGUGAGCCUAUAUUGGUGAAGAAGCUAGAGUUGAAAAAGGAUGAGACGUUGGAACAGUAUGAGGAAAGGGUUCACAAGAUUGAACAUGUAGCUAUCGUGGAAGGUACAAACAAAAUAUUGGAAGAGUUGAUACUAACAAAGAAGCUAGAUAAACUUAUUCUAUAG